AUGCUUGCGAAGGCUGCGGCAAAUGCAUUGGCACCUACAAUAAAGGGAGCAGUUUUUCUAGAUAAUAAUGAUGUUAAAAUAAUUCAAUAUAAAGCAGCUCUUUAUAAAUUAAUUGAAAUGUCCAGAUUGUUGAGCGUGCUGCAAAAAAAUUUGGAAAAGCCAUCAGGGAGCACAAUAAUACCACUUAUAAACUACAUUUUAGUGCUUUUUGAAGGACCAUUGUUCAAUGUACACCCUGUUAUGAGGAAGAGAUUUCAAUUGCUUUCAACGUUCAAAAUUAGCAAAGUGGCACAUAUAAAUCCAGCAUUGAACACUGCGGAUACGCCCAUUUCAUUUACAUUAUCUACCGUUGAUGAAAUUGCUGACUUUCUGCCAAAGUAUAUGUACGAUAGAGGACUACAAUUCAAGCUUUUGGGUUGCUUGCGGAGCUUGGUCAAUAACGCGAGCACCUUAUAUGAAAGAAAACUGAGGCAGAUUCAAAUCGAAAGAAACUCUAGACGAUCGACUGAUUCACUUGGGCGACCUGUUCCUUUUGAGGUAGGCUCUAUUGAAGAUAUUUUGAGACCAAGAGAAUCGAGUUUAUGUUUAGAUUUGGCAGUAUUAAUAAACAACAGGGAGGAAGACACUUCUAUCGUUUCCAUGCAUAAAUUGCAAACUCAAGUAUUGAGUAAAUUUGUAAUCUCAUUUAACACCAAAGUUUGGCCAGUAUUGAAGAAUUACUACUUACAACUGAAGAGGUUUUCCUUGGCCAAACCGACUUCACCAAUAGCUAUGAGUGAAUUACCGUACUGGGAACAUAGUCUUCAUCGAAUAUAUGCACUGCUUCUAAGAUCAUUGAAUAUUCUUGCUAUGUGCCUGAGUUUGGCAAGGCAGAUAUAUUAUUCCAAUAAAACCUACCUUAAUGCGCUAAGAACAAAACUCUUGAGCGAAAAUGCAUUCGCCUAUGAAGAAACUUUGCAUAAACUCGAAGUCAUGUGCUCAUUACCUGAGGUUCAACAGACAAUGUCAGAGUUACUUAUAUCCCUCAAUAAUUUCUCAAAACCGGGCUCAACACAUCAUGUGCAUCCAAAAACUAUAGUUGAAAUAUACCAAAAUGUUAUCGCUAAAGUUAUUCCUAUCAUCAGUAAAUUAUUUAAUACUCUGGAGACAUUUUGUACCAUGUGGAAGUUUAUAGAAACCAAUCAAGCAGCUUCUAGACUGUUCGAAAACAAGACUGAUGAUGCGCUGAAUAAAAUGCUGACAGAGAGACUGGCAGUUGAUAAACUAAGCCACGUUGAGAAGCAAAAGAAAUUCAGAGGCCAGGUUUCUCCAUCGCCGUCAAGUAGCAACAGUUCAUCUAGGGGAUCUCUUACACGAGCUGUGGGGAGUAAAUCUGGUAAUUCCUCUACAGUUUCUGUGCUAUCAAGUACUGCAAGCUCGCCUGGCAAAGUAUCUCCAUUAAUGGCGAGAUCAGAAUCUUUAGAGAAGAACGCGUCCAAAUUCUCGAUUUAUAGCUCCCCGCAAGUUUCAAGAAGGGGCUCAAUAUCUGAGAGUCGAACUUCAAACUAUGCUAGCAUAAUUUCCAAGACAUCUUUCGAGCAAAAGAACUUCACGAAGUCGCCACUUUCGAAUGCCAAGCGUAUCGGAAGACCACGGUCUUCAUCUUUGCAGUCGCCCCUGGAUGAUAAGCGAAACUUACAUUCUCUAUCAUCAGCUCAAUCCAGAUCCAGCUCGUUGCAAGCGGAGGCUGCUGUCAAUCAAAAAAUUGUACAGAGUACGAUGAAUCAGGCAUCAUUAAAGAGAAGUGAAAUGACUGAUAAAGAAGUAAACGGCAUCAAGUCAUCACCAUUGCAGUCCCAAAGGAAAAGCUCCCCUCAGAGUAUUACAACCAGAGACAUGAAUAAAUCUGGGACAGAAGUAGAUCUUGAAGGCAUUAUAUCAUCCAGAAUCUCCUCAUUAUCUUUCAACAAGGAUGAGAGUGACGGAUUGGACGAAUUAUCAAAGCAGAGCCUAGAUGUCACUGAAAUAGAUGAUGAUUCAUGUGGGGAAAGUGAAGAGAUUUUUUGCCUCAAGAAAGUACGUUUCAGUGGUGUUCCUCCCAUGUCGUUAGAUGAAAAAAGGUCUCCGACAAAAAAAGGUUGGUACAAAAAACCAGCGGUUCUGCAUUAUCCUCCACCACCUACGGCUAUUUCUGGUCAGAAAUAUAGAUUGCGCCAAGAAGGGAUGGCAUUCAAAACAAGUUUGAGAGACACUGGUUCAGACCCAAAAAAAGUAUUCACGACAAUGAGCAUGGACGUGUCGCCAACGAAAGAAACUGCGGCACAGCGACUUACGUCUAAAUUACGUGAUAAGCUUAGGUGA